AUGAGACUCGCCGACCGGCCCCCGAACGGGGGGCGAGAUCGGGUGAUUAAUUUAGCCUCGCCCGGGGGACGCCUCGCCCGGGAGGGGAGGGAUUCGGUUAAUUAUCGAGAUGAAGACGCGGCUCUAAAUACUGCCGCGUUCAAUUAUUCAGCGUCGAUUGGUGCGACGGCGACGUCCGUCACCAGCGAUUGCCUUUUCCCCCCCCCGUUAGUAGUCCAUCGGCUGAUCCAUAGUUCGCGACGUGGGAGGCACGUAACCGAUCGCGGAGGU